AUGAAUACAGUGGCUUCAGAAUAUUCUGCUGAGGUAAAUAGUACACCAAUUGAACAUAGUUUUAACCCUUAUUCAGAUAAUGGUGGUACAAUUUUAGGUAUUGCAGGUGAAGAUUUUGCCGUUUUGGCAGGUGAUACAAGACAUACAACAGAUUACAGUAUUAAUUCACGUUAUGAACCAAAAGUAUUUGAUGUUGGUGAUAAUAUUAUAAUGUCAGCAAAUGGAUUUGCUGCAGAUGGUGAAGCUUUAUUAAAAAGAUUUAAAAAUAGUCUCAAAUGGUAUCAUUUUGAUAAUAAUGAAAAAACUUUAUCAAUGAGUGCAGCUGCAAGAAAUAUUCAACAAUUAUUAUAUGGUAAAAGAUUUUUCCCUUAUUAUGUACAUACAAUUAUUGCAGGUUUAGAUCAAGAUGGUAAAGGUACAGUUUAUUCAUUUGAUCCAGUUGGAUCUUAUGAAAGAGAACAAUGUAGAGCAGGUGGUGCAGCUGCUUCAUUAAUUAUGCCAUUUUUAGAUAAUCAAGUUAAUUUUAAAAAUCAAUACGUUCCAGGUACAGAUGGUAAAGAAAAGAGACAUAUUAAAUUUUUAACAAUUGAUGAAGUUGUUAAAUUGGUUAGAGAUGCAUUUACAUCAGCUACAGAAAGACAUAUACAUGUAGGUGAUGGUCUAGAAAUUUUAAUUGUAACAAAAGAUGGUGUAAGGAAAGAAUAUUUCGAAUUAAAGAGAGAUUGA